AUGUUAACUGAAGAUUUCCUUAAUGCUUACCUCAUUAGUAGUGGUGCUGAUUACAUUAACAAAGACAUUGUAAUAAAAGAAAUUGUUCAGGUGGUAAAUAAACACCACUUAUCUAUUUGUUUUGAUCCUAUUACAAAAACUAUAGUAAUGUAUGGGGAGUUACUUUAUAACUAUGAAAUUUAUCAAUACAGUUUUCCUAUUCUUGUGGACUUUCCUUCUGACUAUCCCAAAUUACUGCCCAUUAUUAAAGUUAACUUGCCCCACAUCCCACGUUGUUCCUUAUUGAAUAGUGAUGGUUCUUUUAUUUUUAAACAAUUGUUAGGUGAUAAAACAUUGCCUCUAGUAAAUAUUUUUGAAAUUAUCAUUUCUCAAUUAAAGUUAAUUCCUCUUCAAUCAAUUCCCUUCUAUCCUUUGUCAAGUCCAAUAAGUACAGUAGGAUCAUCUCAGUACAAACCAAAUAUAAUUCAAUCAGACUUAGGUCACACUAAAACUGAGUCUUCUCUAAUCUAUCGUAAAGACAUCCAGUUCCCAAAACCAAACAAAGUUGAAAAUGGACCAGUCGUUGUUAAACCGAUAACACCAAUUAAUGUUAAACCGAUAACACCAAUUAAUGUUAAACCAAUAGCACCAAUUAAUAACAAAUCAGAACUAGUAAUUAAUAUUAAACCAAUAUCACCAGUUAACGCUAAACCAAUAUCACUAGUUAACGCUAAACCAACAUCACCAAUCAGAACACAAGUUAAAGGUAAUCCACCUAAGCCUGCUCAAACAAUUAUAAUUGGAAAAAGACAUAUAUCAGGAUUCGAGAACAUUGAUUUAUACCUUGACCAGAUUGACUAUGAAAAUAAAUUAGAAUACCUUGGGGAACUUUUAGGAGAUCAAAAAAUUACAAAGGAAGAUUAUAAUAGGUUCAAAUCAGAUCUUCGUCAAAUAGGCCCAUUACCACCGCCACCAGAGAACUAUGAAGAUAUAUUAUCAUUGUAUAAAUAUGGGAAUAUCAAAAGGUCGGAAAUUUAUUUAAAUGUAUCCCCUUCAAAUAAAGAAGAAAAGGGUUAUAUUAAAAAUAUGGAUGAACUUGAUGAGAUGCAAAGAACUUUUGCUGAAAUGUUUCUUGAUGGUGAUAUAGAUGAAGAAGAGAUGACAUUUCUAAAUAACAGUUAUAAAGAACAUUUUCGUGUAAAGCCAGAAUAA